CAACACUAGUGACUGAACGGAGCGAGGAGAAGGUUGGCAGCUUCCUCUGUCUCGUGUCUAGAUCAGUUGGUUGCGGGAGCUGGUGAGGGACGGGUGUGCUUUCGUGGCGAGUGGCCUAGAAACUGUAAAACCCCCUCGACGAGAACAGCCUCUCCAGUGAGGGAAUGACGGAGAGUCAUUUAGAACUUCCUUGACUCCCGUUUAAUUGUUAUGAGCGGAUCUUGAAGGAAAGGGCUAACGGAAGGCAGAAUACACAGAGAUAAAUAGUUUCAUUAUCACCGAGGUGUCUGUUGCAAUUUGUGAUUGCUUCUUUGCCGUUUGUCGACGAGAUAAUUGUGAGGAAAGAUGGGACUGCGGCGGGUCGGCUCAGCUGUGCGGCCGUACCCAUGAGGAGGAACCCGGCGACUGAAGGAGCCACUGCUGGUAUCAGCGUUAGUUUCAACGGGCGGCCUCUUCUCUUCCCCUCAGCAACUCUUUCCCUCUCGCUCGAAGGCCUUUCUCGCAAGUCUCGCCCUCGUCGUCUCCUCCUACUUCAAGAAAACCAGGUUAACUGCUGCUGCUGGAGCAGUCUUCAUUCGUCAGGUCGUCGUCUUAUGUUCAGUCGGAAGGCGUUGCCACGUUUCGUACUAGUGGCAGCUUUGAUUUGAUGAAGUUUUAUUAUUAUAUAAAUAAAUAUCUGUCGGAACUGCAAUUCUAAUAGUUUAUGAACAGUUUGAUGGCGCAGGGAAAGGUGCGGUCUUGAUUUGAAGUCAUUCGUUCAUUGCGUCCACAAAAACAAAAUCUGGAUAGAGCAAAGCUUCCAGUCUGUUUCUUAAGAAGAAGAAACUGUAAGUAAAUAAAACAGUACGUGUUAUAAUCCGCAUUAAAUAGACUGCUAUAACGUCGCAGUAACUUUACGAGAAAGAGAUCCUGAGCCUUCAUUUUGACACGAACUUCAAAGUUACAGCCAUUUUGCGGGAAGCUGAAGGAAGUCGAGGGUUGGGAAAUGUGCAGAAGAUUUUUAGGGUACAAAAAGAUCAAGGAAAUUUGUCCCCUUUUUAUGUAAAAGUAAAAAUAAGCCACAGUGGUUUUAGGGAGGUUGUGAGAAAAGAAAUAUACGAGGCAUUUUGGAAUACAUUUUGAAAUCACCCUUAAGAAUUCGAGAUUUACAAUCCAAUAACACUUAAUGCGAAAGUGCCAUACCGAACGAUAAAUAAUUUAUAUAAUAUUAUUUCGAAAACUUUCUUAUUUGUAUAUAAGAGUUUAUGAUAUUUUUUGUUACGUCGUUCCCGUAGUGUACCCUCCUUAAGAGGUAUUUUAAAGCGUUUAAUUUCUGAAAUGAAAGUACACGAGGUAAUUGUAAUGUUUGUGACAAGCUUUUAAAAACACCAGCAAAAUAAGUCGAGAGUUGACUAUAUCCCUUAACAGUUAAAGUUGAGUUACAGUCGCCUAUAGUGUGAAGUCUCCUUGCGUGUGGUAACCCUCCGUCCCCUUUUAGGCCUAAACGGUGAUUUUAUAGGCUGAGAACGCUUGAAACUGUUACCGUUAUAUGAAAUAUAGAUAAGACAAAGUAGAUAACUAUAUAUAUUUAUACUCAUCCGUCCUGUGUUGUUCGUGAAAUUGUAGCGCAUAGAGAGACAUCGAUUCCUUGCAAGAAAGUUAUUGAAGUGGUCAUCCUAGAGGUAUAUUAGAAUAGGUAAAGAGUGCAUGUAUAAUAAAUCCUGCGAAAGUGUAAGCCUCGCAUUCCUGUUUUAAACUGAAAAGUAGCCCUUAUCCCCCCCUCACCCAAAGGUCCAAAGUAUCCCUCGUCCAAACUUCCGUCCCGUUCCGUGUCCCUCGUCCGGAGGCUUAGAGAACUUAGCCUUGAAGAUUAAGGCUACGCUGGAAAUCACCAAGACUCUGCAGGUGACUAAGAUUCGACUGGUGUCGAGCGCCUCGAAGCCCGGCUCCAGGAGGAGAAGCAGCCUAGACUCAUCCACCUCUUCAACCGCCGGGAGCGACUGCUGUCACCCUUCCGGCAAGAGCCCUAAGAAGGGCCAGGACAAGAAGAAGAAGAAAGGGCGGCCCCACAAGAAGAAGAAGAAGGUAGAGGAGGAGAAGCCCUCGAGAACCACCUCCAACGGCAAGAGAAGUCCCAAGGCGAAGAUGGCCACGGAAGAGGACCCGCUGUCGGUCACCCUUGACCGCCUGACGCAGGCCGUCGCUCAGCCUGUAGAAAAUAUGGACACCAUCAAGACACUCAUCUCGAGGCUGCACUCCAAGCUGAAGGUUCAGGAGAGCAGUUGCAUUUCUGUCUGUGGGACAUUUUUCCCUUGGAGUGACUACACUGAACACUUUGCUGUAGUAAUACCAGACGCUGAAGUUCGCCUCUCCACCUUAGCCAAGAUUAUCCCUCCUGAAAGGCAGACUCUGGAGCAACUGGUUCAUCUCAUAGAGGUUUGCCGCGAACCGUCGAUGGUGACAGCCGUGUGUUCUCUUCUCCAUGAUGCUCUUUCUCCCAGCAAUAAAGGAGAUAUACGUGACAUAGUCAUCCAAACGUGCCUUGCCCUUAACACGGCUGAAGUAAUCCUGCGGACUCUGAAAUCCUUGUCCACGGAAGGAUUGACAGUGAUAGAGCCAUGCGUCCAUCCUGCUUAUCAAGUUCUGGCAAAACUGGCAUCCAAAGAUCCCAAGCUAGCAGUAAAGGCGCGUCUUGUUGGUGGUGUCAAGCUGACUCAUCAGCUCUUACAAGCACACAUGAAAAACAAUGUUCCUCUUUUACCGCUUCUCAUGGUAACAAAGUAUCUCGCAAAAAAUUCAACAAACCAAGUAAUGCUGGGUAAAGAUGGCUGUGUAGCAACAUUAGCAGCCAUAUUGACCUCUGUUCCAAAGACUCACUGGGCAAAGAUUAAGUUCAUCAUGGAAAUAUUAGCCCUCCUUACCAAAGCAACAAAUGUGAGCCCCCGACUAGCAGCCAUUGUGAGGGCCAAUGGCCAAAAGCUCCAGUCCCUUCUUAAUUAUUUCUUUGAAAGCAAUGUCAUUCGGUUAGUGAGGGAGACUGGACUCCAGCGAGUUUUGUCCAUUUUUGAUGGAUGGGAAAAGAUUGAACGUCGUCACCAGAUCAAAAUCCUCAAGAGUAUCCUGGGAACACUCUCUCAUAUGUGUGAUUCUAAACAUGGUCGUAAAGCUGUUAUGGCUCUCAAUGGAGUAGAGAUAACUCAACGUUUCAUUCAGUCAUGCCCAGCAGAUAAGAAAUUCGAUAGUGCCCUUGCCAGUGCAACAAACGUAUUUUUGAAAUGUAUCAGUAAAGGGGAACUGCCUGUAUCCUCUACACGUGGAGCAUUUAAAUUCCAGGUGGCAAACAGAGAGGAAUCCGAUUCUACUGCAGCAUUGUCCCGUGAAGCCACACCGGGUUUGGAUGCAGAUUCUUCUGAAGAUGAACUUGAGGAUGAAAUGGAAGAAGAGGAGGAGGAAUUUGAUCUUUCCCGAGAGAUGAAAGGGGUUGACUUGUCAUCAGAAUAUUCAGUUGAAAGGCCCCGAACAGAGGAGCUUGUUCGCCUGGCUCCACUAUUCCCUGAAUUGUCAAACUAUAAAGUCCAAUCUGGUACAAGAUUCAAGGAUAUAACACUGGAAGCUAGAAGAGGCAAUGUAAAUGACUCCUCUCCUGAUGCUGGUACUGACUAUUACCUAAGAGCUUCUGACAGCACAAAGAGCAUCAUCAGCUUUGUUAAAGUUGCCUACCCUGACAUGAUCGGUGCAAGAGGUCCCAUGUACCUUGAGGAGUUAUAUGACAAGGAUAGGAAAGUGUGCAGGAGUAAAGCUAUUGCCACUGUAGAACGUGUACUUCACCCAGAAAUUUAUUUGGAACGUGUUGUAUAUGAUCUUGACUACUUGUUAGAGUCAGAACACUCAAGACAACUUAUUACACCGGCUAGUUCAUCCUCCAGAUCUUUGAGUAAUUGGGAUGAAAAGCGUGUUGGCAAAAAGGAUGUCACAGUUAAUCACCUGAAUUUUGAGUCAAGAUUUGAAAGUGGCAAUCUUCGGAGAGUUAUCCAGGCCUCCAAUACUGAGUAUGACUUGAUUCUCAAUGCUGAUGUCAAUUCAUCACAUCACCACCAGUGGUUCUAUUUUGAAGUGAGCAACAUGGAACCAAAUACUCAAUAUACAUUCAAUAUCAUCAAUAACGAAAAACCUAAUAGUGAAUUCAACUUUGGUAUGAAACCAGUUAUGUUCAGUGUGAGGGAGGCCCUGCUGGGACGCCCUGCUUGGGUGCGCACUGGAUCUAACAUCUGUUACCACAAGAAUCACUACUCGAGAAUUCCGAAAUGUCAUGAUAAUGUUCGGUUUAAGAAAUCUGCCAACAAGUCCUACUACACGGCCACCUUUACUGUAACCUUUCCACAUGCUUACGAUGUCUGCUACUUGGCAUACCACUAUCCUUACACCUAUACUCAGUUACAGGCCUAUCUCAGCAAGUUGGAUAACCGAAAUCUGCCAAGUGAUAUCUUCUACUGCAGUCAGCUGUUAUGUCACACUCUCAAUGGCAAUCCCGUCCCCCUGCUGACCAUUACUAGUAAAGAUACAAAUAAAACCAAGGAGGUUGUUUUUCUAACUGCUAGAGUCCACCCUGGGGAGAGUAAUUCUUCAUGGGUAAUGGAGGGUGUUGUGGAUUUUAUCCUUGGUGGAUCUGUUGCUGCCCGUCUCCUCCUCGACAAGUUUGUUUUCAAGAUUGUUCCUAUGCUUAACCCAGAGGGCGUCAUUCAUGGAAAUCAAAGGUGUGGCCUGACAGAUGAAGAUCUAAACAGAAGAUGGCGCUCACCCAACCCUCAGUUACAUCCGACCAUAUAUCAUUCUAAGUCAUUGCUUGAGUACUUAGUGCAUGUCGCCAAGCAAAAAGUGCGAGUGUUUUGUGACUUCCACGGUCACUCAAGGCAGAAGAAUGUGUUCAUGUAUGGAUGCUCUCGCCUGCAGUCAUGGUGGCCAGGGGACAAAGACACUCCAGAUAGUCCUGAUUUUAUGCUACUGCCCCGCUUGGCUCAGAAUUGUAUGGGCACUUUUUCUCUGCGAGAUUGCCAUUUCCAAAUAGAACGGGCAAGGGAAGCAACUGCUCGUGUGGCAGUUUGGCGUCAGUUUGAUAUUCCUAUGUCCUAUACAAUGGAAGCAUCAACAUGUGGCUGUGAUCAGGGACCCUAUAAGAACUAUCACCUUAGUCCAAAGGAACUUAUAGAAUCAGGUGAAGGAUUUUGUUUGGCUCUUUCAUAUUUAGUAUCUACACCAGAGGUCCUUAAUUCAAGAUUAUUGCAAGACUCAGAAAGAGUUGACCCUAAGUUUGGAAUGACCAAGGAGAGAAACCUUGGUGAUUUUACCAAAGAAGUUGCCUUUUGGAGUGGAGAACUGGACGAUGAUCUUGAUUCAGAUGAUGACCUUGACCUUGACUUGUAUGGUCCUAUGUAGUGCAAUGUCACUGGUCAACCUUUUUUUACAUGCCCAAAGGCUCAUUUAGUUUUUUACAAAGAAAAAAAAAGUAAGUGAAUUUUGCAAAUUUAAGUUUAUCUUAACCAUUUUGUAAAGAUUAGUAUAACACCACAAUCUUCAGUGAAGUGUUAUUACUAUAUUGUAAGGCUGCUCAGAAAAUUUUGUCCACAAUUUCCCCUAGUUGAUUUAAUUAAUCUUAUUGAUGAUAAUUUGAAUUUUCCACAAAAUUUCAACAGCAUAAAGCAAGAUUUUCCAAAAUUUAAAAUGUGAGGUCCAUUAUUAUAUAAAUAAGUGUAAAAACCUGUGUAAGGGAAUAUCUUAACAAAGCUCUAUAUUAGCUUAGAUGAGGAAUACCGUUUGAUUGUAGAAUACAAAAUGUAUUGCAGACAGUGGAUAAUUGCUGCUCAAGGUGCUGUAAAUUUGAAAGUUACAACAAUGCUACAACUACAUGAAUUUAUGAAUGAUAUGACAAAUUUUUAAUCAAUUUGUAUUUUUCAUAGCUAACAAACCUGAGGUCUUAACAAUAGGAUAAAUCUUCUCGCACCAGCUAGAAUCUGCUUAAAAACAAUAAAAGAUUUUAUAGCAAGGAAUAUUGUUCAUGAGUCUACCAUACCAACGCCUUUUGCAAGACUUUUUAAGAAAAUUUUAUAGUUAAUAGGAAGCCAGUGACUGGUCCAUUAAAGUUUAUAGUACAGUACACUGUAGUAUGGCAUAUGCAAAGUAUACAUACUACACAAGAUUCUCAUUUGGUUUUUCUAGAAAACAUUGACAUUGAAGGUCAUAUUUGUAUGGUUGUAGGUCCAUCUCAAAACAUUCGACAAAGGAGUCAUUCAAUACAAUAAACAGACUAUUCAAAGAUAAAUAACAUCACUCAUUUCCUGGAAAGGAAUUGAUUGCAAAAAUGUGUUAUCCAUUAAAAUUAAAAUUACAUUUCUUGACCUUGAAGGGAAAUUAUUUACCAAUUUCAGUUUUAUGGCUUGGAAGCUUUAUAUUGGUGACAAAAAGCAAAAGAAUAUACUUUCACUACAAUAAUCUUGAACCCUGUAGUAAGAAAAAAAAAUUUUCCCAUAAAAAUUAAUUUUUUUAUUAACUAGUUUUCAAUGAAGAAAAGACAAUUGUGUGAAUUUGAACUAUCAUUUCUAUAGAAAUAAAACAUUCAUGUCAUAAUUACCUUCUUACCUAUUCAAUCAUACUUUACCACAUACACCUAUAGAUUUGCAUACACUAAAGUAUUUCAAUUAUUGUUUUGAAAGUAUGCCAAUUAUUAUUUUGAGAGUAUGCAAGAACAUUUGACCAACCUAAAGGCAACCUAGCUAGAUUUAUUUGGUACUUACAUGUAGCAUUCUGAAUCUAUACUGCAAGAAAAAAGCAAAGUGAAAUGUAUAUACUGAGCUUCUACAUUCACAUCAUGAUUUAAAACACUAGCAGGCUUAACAUACUACGUACCAAGGAAAAUUUAUAUGAAGUGGUGUGCACAGUUGCACAAGUAAACUAUUAAAGAUAUUGUGUAUAAACCACAUUGAAUGUACACCUAUCUCCAAUCCUGCUACAAUUGGUUACAAGUCCCCAAUUCUGGACAAUGAAAAGUACAAUAAAUAUACUACAUACAGUGCUGGUCACAGCACUGAUGUAACUAUUAAAAGUAAGAAUCCAGCAAUGAUGUACAUCGACUGUCAAUUUUAGCUUGACUAGGAAAUGCGGUUUUAAAUACACACACACACUGCACCUGAACUUCUUAAAUUGAAAAUAUGUGGCCUUUAAUUCACUUUACAUUAUGUAAUGUUCAUUAAGCCACAAAUCUGUUCUUAUUUCAUGCAAUACAAUAAUACUAUAUUGUUACAUGUGCCUUAACCUGACAAAAUAUGAUGCUAUAUUUCUCACAAGAAGCUGGUUAUACUGUACAGUAAUUGUACAGGUGAAACUUAAACAUAAAUUUACUUUUCAUAGGAUAUAGGUUUUAUUCACAAUCUACAUAGUAUUCAUACAAUCACCAACAAAAUUUACCAUGAUAGAAAUACUAUUGAUAACCAGCUGCUAGAAUUACUAUACUAAAAUUAUAAGUAAUUUUUUUAUUUCUCUUGAUCACCUUAUACUAACAGGAAAUUAGUUAUACUAAAGUCCCCAGGAGUUCAGCAAAAUUUGUUAGAGUUAACAUAAAUGUUUGGAGGGUUUUUUUCCCAACAUUUAAAUUUCCUUCAAUGCUCAUUACAAAAUUGUAAAGAUAAUGGCAAAAUUAAAAAAACUUAAUUGGUACUCAUUCCUCACUAGCUUUAUUACAUUUGUUACCCCUUGCAUAUCGUGAUUGUGGCCUGAAUUAUUAGACAAUGUAUAUUGUACCCCGUACAAAUUUCAAGAAUCAAAAUAUGUACGGUACGUAUACGGAAUGGAAAAAAUAUACCUGUGUACUAAAUUUUCUUUUUUAGAUGUCAAUUCAAAUGCUGUUGAAUUAUAUGGAAACAGACUUUUCAUAGCAUUACUCCUCAAGGGGGAUAAUGAUUAAAAUCAGAUCUAUCUGGCAAUAGCAAAAACUAAUAAAAAAAAAUAAAAAAAAAAACUGGCCACAGCUGUCACCCUUGCUGGCAUGAUUUUACCCUUGGUUAAAGACUGAAUAACAAAAAUGAUAACUUUCUGGCAAAAAAAAAA